UGAAGGUGGUGGAAUCCAUUUUCUGAAAUAUAUAGCAUGGAUUUGGAAAGUUCGUAGUAGCCAUAAAAAACGCUGAUUGUUUUGAAUGUCUAUAAAGGCGGGCCAGAAGGCAUGAACCAGAACCCGAAAGCCCGACAGUCAACUUCGCCAUGCUCCGGUCUCUCUUUCCUUCUACUCACACUCAUAGGCGUGUUACCUACAACUCGACACUUACUUUCACUUCACUUGCCCCUUCAUUUUUUACCCCAGAGCUCACUAACCCAUCUCCUCCAUCUCCAAUAGCAUUGGAAACCAACCUUAAUCACUACAAAUCAUCUCAAUCUCAACCCUCCUUCCCUCCCUUUUCAGCUUCAAAUCUCGAGCUAUACGAAUCUUUGGUUGCCCGGUACAGAGAUUCUCGUAGCUUAACCGACGCAAAAGAGUUUCAUUUGCAGGUUUUAAAACAUGGGUUUGAUGGAGAUUUGUUCUUGUCCAACUCCCUCAUCAAUGUUUAUGUAAGAGCUGGUGAAUUGAUGUCUGCACGAAAAGUGUUCGACGAAAUGCCUGAGAGGAAUCCAGUUACAUGGGCUUGCUUGAUUUCUGGGUAUAACCAAAAUGGGAUGCCUAAUGAGGCUUGUGGGGUUUUUAAAGAGAUGGUUGGUACGGGUUUUUGGCCAACUCAUUAUGCCUUUGGCAGUGUUCUUCGAGCUUGUCAGGAGCUUGGAUCCUAUGGGCUUCAAAUUGGUUUGCAAAUUCAUGGGUUGAUUUCGAAAUCUCAAUAUUCGUAUGAUGUAGUUGUUUGUAAUGUGCUGAUAUCGAUGUAUGGGAGUUGUUUGGGGUGCAUUUCUGAUGCUCGUCGAGUUUUUGAUGACAUACAGGUUAAAAAUUCAAUAUCUUGGAACUCUGUUAUAUCAGUUUAUUCACAAAGUAGGGAUGCAGUGUCUGCCUUUGAGCUGUUCUCAAGGAUGCAAAUAGAGGGUAUAGGAAUCAGUUUCAAGCCUAAUGAAUAUACAUUUGGGAGUUUGAUAACUGCUGCCUGUUCUUCCUUUGAUUAUGGUUUCAGUUUGCUUGAACAAGUGCUUUGCAGGAUUACAAAAUCUGGGUUUCUUUCAGAUCUCUAUGUGGGUAGUGCUUUGAUAAGUGGCUUUGCAAGGUUUGGUUUAACUAACUAUGCUAUGAAGAUUUUUGGGCAGAUGAGUAGGAGAAAUGCAGUCUCUGUGAAUGGCUUGAUGGUUGGAUUGAUAAGGCAGAGAUGUGGAGAAGAAGCAGCUGAAGUUUUUAUGGAGAUGACAAACUUGGUUGAUUUAAAUUUUGAUUCUUACGUUAUUCUGUUAAGUUCUUUUGGUGAAUUUUCUGUGUUAGAAGAAGGGAGAAGAAAAGGUAGAGAGGUUCAUGGAUAUUUGAUUCGUAGGGGCUUAAGUGAUGCCGUGGUUGCAAUUGGGAAUGGACUUAUUAACAUGUAUGCUAAAUGUGGUGAUAUUGCUGCUGCUAUUUCUGUUUUCAGACUUAUGGUUAAUAAAGAUUUGGUCUCUUGGAAUACCAUGAUUUCUGGUCUUGACCAGAAUGAGUGUUUUGAAGAUGCUGUCUCAAGCUUCUGUGCAAUGAGAGAAACUGGACUAAUGCCUUCAAAUUACACUAUAAUAAGCGCUUUGAGUUCAUGUGCAAGCUUGCGCUGGAGCACGCUUGGACAGCAAAUACAUGGUGAAGGUCUAAAAUUGGGACUUGAUCUGGAUGUUUCAGUUUCAAAUGCUCUUCUUGCAUUAUAUGCCAAUAUCGGAUGUCUUUCUGAAUGCAAAAACAUUUUCUCCUUGAUGCUGGACCACGAUCAAGUUUCAUGGAAUUCUGUGGUUGGAGCAUUAGCUGAUUCGGAGUCUUCAGUUUCGGAAGCUGUUGAAUACUUUUUGGACAUGAGGCAUACUGGGUUGGAUCCUAACAGAAUAACCUUUAUAAACCUUCUUGCGGCAGUAUCAUCUCUUUCACUCAGCAAAUUGAGCCAUCAGAUACAUUCACUAGUAAUUAAAUACCAUCUUGCAAAUGACUGUUCUGUGGAGAAUGCACUUUUGGCUUGUUAUGGAAAAUGUGGAGAGAUGGAUGAAUGUGAGAAGAUCUUUUCCAGGAUGUCUGAGAGAAGAGAUGAAGUUAAUUGGAAUUCCAUGAUUUCUGGGUAUAUACAUAAUGAGCUAUUGCACAAAGCUGUGAAUUUAGUCUGGUUUAUGAUGCAGAGGGGUCAGAAACUGGAUGGUUUCACCUUUGCCACUGUUCUUAGUGCCUGUGCUUCAGUUGCAACAUUAGAGCGAGGCAUGGAAGUUCAUGCUUGUGCUAUAAGAGCUUGUUUAGAAUCUGAUGUUGUAGUUGGAAGCGCAAUUGUUGAUAUGUACUCCAAAUGUGGAAGGAUAGAUUAUGCUUCAAAAUUUUUUAAUAUGAUGCCAAUAAGGAAUGUAUACUCUUGGAAUUCAAUGAUAUCAGGCCAUGCACGUCAUGGACAUGGAGACAAAGCUCUCAAGCUCUUUACACAUAUGAAGCUAGAAGGUCAAUUGCCAGAUCAGGUAACCUUUGUUGGGGUCUUAUCAGCUUGUAGCCAUGUGGGAUUGGUUGAUGAAGGAUUUACUCAUUUCAACUCUAUGACAGAAGUGUAUGGGUUGGCUCCCAAGAUGGAGCACUUUUCAUGUAUGGUGGAUCUCCUUGGGCGGGCCGGUGAACUUGAUACGAUGGAAGAUUUUAUCAAUAGCAUGCCAAUGAAGCCUAAUGUUCUUAUUUGGAGGACAGUCUUAGGGGCUAGCUGCCGAGCAAAUGGUCACAAGACAGAGUUGGGUAGGAAGGCUGCUGAGAUGCUUUUUGACUUGGAACCUCAAAAUGCUGUGAACUAUGUUCUUCUUGCUAACAUGUAUGCUUCUGGGGGAAAGUGGGAAGGUGUAGCUGAUGCUAGGGUUGCAAUGAGAAAGGCAGCAGCAAAGAAAGAAGCUGGUUGUAGUUGGGUCACAAUGAAAGAUGGCGUCCAUGUAUUUGUGGCAGGUGAUAAAUCACACCCUGAUAAUGAUUUGAUCUAUGCAAAACUGAAGGAACUUAACAGAAAAAUGAGGGAUGCUGGAUAUUUGCCGCAGACAAGGUUUGCAUUGUAUGACUUGGAACCAGAGAGUAAAGAGGAACUCCUCAGCUACCAUAGUGAGAAACUUGCAGUCGCUUUUGUUCUCACACGCAAUUCAGAAUUACCAAUUAGGAUAAUGAAAAACCUUCGGGUUUGCGGUGACUGCCACAUGGCCUUCAAGUAUAUAUCAAAGAUUGUAGGUAGGCUAAUUAUAUUACGGGAUUCGAACAGAUUUCAUCAUUUUAAUGAUGGUAAGUGUUCAUGUGGGGAUUACUGGUGACUGACUUGUCAGGCUUGAUUUGUCCUUGGAGGAUUUUGGCAUUGCAUGCUGAAGCUCAACACUUGGGAGGAUUUGGUGAAUAUCAUGAAGUUGGUUUAUUCUGCCUAUGAA